CUACUUGAAUCAUUAAUGUGAUCCAAAACUUUAAUGCAAAAAAUUAAAACUCCAUAAACGUGCUUAACUGCAGAAAAUAGCUGCAAUCUGCACAACUCCGCAGUCUGCUCGCGGCAAUUCAAACCCUGCCACCUACUUGUGCUUCGUGCCUGUUUCCUGCAAUAAAACUCACCAUGGCAGGUGAAGGGCGAUUUAGAGAUCAGAGUUGGAAUUCCUUUAAGAAGAAUCUUACAAGAUUUUAUCUUAAAAAGGUACAAUCUAAAGAUAUUUGAGCUAUGAUAUUACUGGAAUGGAGCCGGUAUGUAUUAUGGAGCAGUAUGGCAUAUCCCUGCCAUUUCUUGACAAGAAUUGUCUCGAUUACAAGGAGGGAAAGCGAUUCCACGCAACCAUUAUUAAAAUUGGAGUCAAGCUGGGCAUCUAUUUCGCCAACAAGCUAAUCAUCGUAUAUUCGAAACAUAGCGGUAUCGCAGAUGCACGCCAACUGUUUGACGAAAUGUCUGAUAGAAACGUAAUCUCAUGGACAGCGCUAAUCGCUGCCUAUGCCCACCAAAACAAUGGCCAGGUGGCUCUCCGUCAUUUUGAGCAAAUGCAGAGGGAAGGAGUGAAGCCAAAUCACUUCACCUUCUCCUCUGUGCUGAGCGCAUGCCGGGAGGCGCAAGUGGGGAAGCAGCUGCAUGCCCGUGCGAUAACCCAUGGAUUUCACUCCGACGUUGUGGUGAGCAAUGCUGUUAUUAACGCGUAUGUAAAAUGCGGGGAAAUGAGAGAUGCCCACAAAGUACUCUCUCACUCGCACACAAAUAAUGUGGUUUCAUGGACUUCCAUAGUUGCAGGCUAUGGAAAAUGCGGUAACAUUGAGGUUGCACGCCGAGUGUUUGACCAAAUGCCUUACAGAAAUGUGGUGUCGUGGAAUGCUAUGAUUGCAGCAUACGCCCAGCAGGAUGAUGGGACAGAAGCUCUAUCACUUUUUCACCAAAUGAGACAGUCCUGCCCGCCAAUGACCUUCACCUUCUCUACAUUUGCUACUCUUCUGUCAGUCUCUGCCCGCUUGCCCAGCUUACAACAGGGUAAAUUACUGCAUGCCCACAUACUCAAAUGCUCUUUAUUUCAGCAUAAGGAUGUGGUGUUAGAGAGCAGCCUGGUUGACAUGUAUGCCAAGUGUGGGAGCAUAGAAGACGCCCGCCUCAUAUUUGAAGCAAUGCCUGAAAAAAACGUUGUUUCAUGGACAGCAAUGAUUGAUGGGUAUGGCAAACAUGGACAGGCGAAGGAGGCUCUCCGUCUGUUUGAACAAAUGCGGUAUCAGCAGACUUCAAAUUGGGGUAUAGAACCCAAUGAUGUGACCUUCUUGAGCGUUCUAUCUGCUUGUAGCCAUGCUGGCCUAGUAGAUGAAGGCUUCCACUUGUUUCACUGUAUGAACCGUUAUCAUAAUAUAUCUCCAAGGCCAGAGCACUAUGCUUCCAUGGUUGAUCUUCUUGCUCGAGCAGGCUGCCUAGUGGAAGCUCGUGCUUUAAUCAAUAAAAUGCCGGAGGAAGUAAAAGCAAGGGCAGAAGUGUGGGGGGCCUUACUUGGUGCUUGCAGAUACACUGCCAAUGUUCAACUAGCAAACCAUGUCGCCCAGCGGCUUUUUCUCUUGAAACCACAACACACUGGGACAUACAUUGCACUCUCCAAUGUGUAUGCUGCAGCUGGCAUGGACACUGAUGCAGCAAAGGUAAUCAAAGUAAUGAAAGACAGGGGAAUAAAAAUGGAACCAGGAUGCAGCUGGAUUGAGGUGGGGAAAGACGUGCACCGAUUUCUUGUAGGUGAUAAGUUCCACCCUCAGACGGAGCAGAUCCAUGCAACUUGGAUUAAAUUGGAGAAGCAAAUGAAGGAAGCUGGUUAUGUGUCUGAAACAAAUCUCACGUUUAAUGAAAUGGGAGAGGAACACAGGGAGCCAAUUAGCUGUCUUCAUAGUGAGAAGUUGGCCAUUACAUUUGGGCUUAUUAGCACGCCCCCCGGGUCAUCUAUACGAAUUUUUAAGAACCUUCGUGUGUGCUUGGACUGUCAUAUUGCUACCAAGAUCAUCUCCAAGAUUGUUGAUAGGGAAAUUAUUGUAAGGGAUGUUAACCGCUUCCAUCAUUUCAAAAAUGGACUCUGUUCGUGUGGCGAUUUUUGGUGAUAUUAAUGACCCUUGUGUCUUUUAUGAUAGUGUGGCAUUUAGAGAUCGUCUCUAAAAUAAUAUUGAUCAUGCAACACAGAUUGAAAUGAUCUUAUAAACUGGGCUAGAAGAUAGUGUGAAAGAGUUAGGAUCGUUUAGGUUAAUGCUACAAUGAACAAAUAUAAUGACAGGGUUUGUAAAUCAUUUCUGCCAUUAUGACUUGUAGUCCUUUUAGAGAGAUAACCCCAAUAGUUUGAAGACGAUUGUCCUUUACAAAUAGACCUUGAGAGUGGCAUUGGAUUCUGAUUACACAGAACCAAACGCUGGCUAGAUUUUUUAAUAUCAAAUUGCAUAUGUAAACAUCAGAGAAGCCAAAUUAUCAGAACUUCAAAUGUUGAUAGGGAAAUUAUUGUAAUGGAUGCAAACCGCUUACAUCAUUUUUAAACUGAACUAUGUUCGU